AUGGCAGGUUUCUGUGGUCUCAAGAUCCUGCUGCUCUGUGCUGGAAUCAUCGGUUUGGCCAACUGUUCUUACACUGUCACUAGCAUCAAAGGUGGCUUCCAGAUGAACAUUACAAGCUCUACCAAUGGUAUCUACACCAUAAACAUUAAUGAGAAGGACUCACCUGAGAUUGUAAAGAAAUCCAACGUUCAGCACUCCAAUCAAAACACAGCACAUAAUAUCAAACACCUGAAGCCCUGCACUGAAUAUAAGCUUAAUGUGGCAUUUAUUGAACUGAAUGCGAGCAAAGAAACCCCCUGUAACGACACUGGAAAUGAAAUCACAAAGACAAUUGGAAUGCGUAAAGAUGACAGUGAAGAAGUCAACUGCACCCCUGGAUACGUUUGUUACCGUAGUGAUUGGAACAUCAGCUCUUCACUGUCAACAUCAAAUCACAUUCAAGCUGAGCCAUGCAAAAGUGACAAUAAAAUAUUGUGUAUCAUACCUCGUUAUGAUGACAUCUGCUCAGAUUUGACCACAACCUUCACUUCAGGAAACUGUUCAAACUCCUUUAGCCUCACCAAAAGCAUCCCUGUUGAUUUCUUAAAUUCAAGUAAAAUAAGUCAGACUGCUUCCACUGGACUUCCUGCAAACAUAGAAACAACAUUUCCUCCAAACUGCAAUGAUCUCACCGCCGAUUACACCUGUUGGGAAAUUGGAAAAUUCAAUGAGCCCAAGAAAUUGCCUGAGUUGGAGCCCUUCACAAACUACAGCUGUAAUAGUCAGAUCCUUGAUGUCAACAAUGUCACCAUAAAAAACACAACUGAGAUCAGCUUCCAGGUUGACUGUGAUCUUACAAUUAACCCAAUGCCAAGUGCAACCAAUACCUCCAUUGUGUUGAGUUGGACCACGACCAGUAACAACUGUCAAGAUGUCCUUUCUCAUCUUCAGAAGCUUUCUUAUGGCUGCAGCUGUGACUCUAAUUCCAAACAGAAACCCACAAUUGCCGUUAUCACACAUCCACCAGGAGGAACAUGUCAUUUUACUGGACUGACAGCGUACACUGACUAUACCUGUAAAGUCCAGCCCACCUACAACAAGAAAAACGUUGGCAAACCAGCUGAAGUGAAACAGAAAACUGCGAUUGGAAAACCAGAAGAUAUCGUUAAACUGAUGGUGACUAUUCCAGAGCAUAAUGUAAUUAGCGUCACCUGUUUUCAUUCAAAACGUUUUAAUGGACCUGAAGAGAAAUACAUUGCACGUCUUUAUUAUGGCAUUGUCGAUCUGAAGAAGACUGAAAAAAAAAAUGCGAGUUUGAAUUCAGAGAUCUUCGCUCUUCUACGACCUACAGAGUGGAGGUGACUGCUUUCAAUGGACAUUAUGAGAGCAACACCAAGAAAGAAAAAUUUGACACUCUCUAUAAUGGCAAAGCUCUCUUUGGGUUUCUGGUCGUCUUUAUCAUCAUCAACAUCACAUGUGUGGUCCUGGCUGUGGGGAUCUUCGUUCAGAAGUGCAGGAGGUACAGAGAGUAAAGAUAAUUUUACUUCUUACCACCUGCUUCAGAUUGACUGUCACAUUGUCUCGAGUUUGUUUUACAGUUGUAGUAGUGAGUUUUAAUUUACAGUACAACGGAUCCCAGUUCUUUAAAUCAGAUUAAAAAUGACAG